CUUGGUAACAUGCCUGUCCGUGUUAUCUUUGCCAUACGGGUCAUGCUGUAGGUCCUUGUACGCGGAUAAUGAAUACCUUCUUAAUACUCCUAUUAUAUAUCGGGUCUCCUGGAUCGAUAGGCGAGCCACUAUCCGGAUCUAAAGGAAACCGGGCACCUGUUAGUUGUGAAGUGUGUGACGUCAAAGAUCCCAAUUGCGUCAAGGGCGGCGCGCGCACUGUUUGUGACGUCGCACAACAGUACUGUCUCACAGAAGUGACAGAUACAUUGGGCGGAGAUCGAUCAGUGGGCAGAAAAUGUGCGGACUUAACAGAAUGUCAACAGAAAUUCGCAGUGACUGAAGAGAGACUGUUUUGCUAUGAGGUGGACAUGGGCAACCUAAGGGCUGAUGUCACGUGCAGCUUCUGUUGCCAGGGCGACCUGUGUAACCAAGGGCCAGAUUUGAUCCCUCCGGCACAGUUUCUGUAUAAUGGAGAACUCAAUGUCACCAGACUCUCGACACCCGUUGUGUCAACUAGCAAGCCAGCAGUUAUGACUUCAUCAACGACCGAUUCAGCAACCUCUGGCUUAUCAACGGUAACAGUCGACAUGUGUGAAGUGUGUGACGUCAAAGACCAAGACUGUUUCCAUGGUGGCACGCCGACGUCAUGUGACGUGGACCACGCCUUCUGCAUGACAACGGUCCAUGAUAAUUUUCCUAACAACAUGACCGUCAGUAGAAGCUGCGUGAACGAGUCUGUGUGCUACCAAAAGUGGUACAUGGAGACGUCAUGGCGUCACUAUUGCUACGACAUCGACCAGGGCGAACUAUACUUCCCCGUCGACUGCAACUUCUGCUGUGUUGGGGAUCUCUGCAACGCCGGACCAACCCUUGUCCCGUCUCCUGAAACCCUCUACCAGCCAAUGGUGGUGCCAACGGUAUCAGGGAGGCCCCCGACAUCUGCUGUAAGUUCUGAGGGAUCAUCACCCACUCGUAAAGGUUUGACAGGACCAACUCAACCCUACACACUUGAAUCUACAACGGGCGGGUUGACGGGUCCAACGCUUCCAAAUCCACAAGGAUCAAGCACAGAUGGCUUGACGGGUCCAACGCCUCCAAAUCCACAAGGAUCGAGCACAGAUGGGUUGGCGGGUCCAACACUUCCAAAUACACAAGGAUCAAGCACAGAUGGCUUGACGGGUCCAACAUCUCCAAAUCCACAAGGAUCAAGCACAGAUGGCUUGACGGGUCCAACACCUCCAAAUCCACAAGGAUCAAGCACAGAUGGCUUGACGGGUCCAACGCCUCCAAAUCCACAAGGUUCAAGCACAGAUGGCUUGACGGGUCCGACGCUUCCAAACCCUCAAGGAUCAAGCACAGAUGGCUCGACGGGUCCAACGCUUCCAAAUCCUCAAGGAUCAAGCACAGAUGGCUCGACGGGUCCAACGCCUCCAAAUCCACAAGGUUCAAGCACAGAUGGCUUGACGGGUCCGACGCUUCCAAACCCUCAAGGAUCAAGCACAGAUGGCUCGACGGGUCCAACGCUUCCAAAUCCUCAAGGAUCAAGCACAGAUGGCUCGACGGGUCCAACGCUUCCAAAUUCACAAGGAUCAAGCACAGAUGGCUCGACGGGUCCAACGCUUCCAAACCCUCAAGGAUCAAGCACAGGUGGCUCGACGGGUCCAACGCCUCCAAAUCCACAAGGAUCAAGCACAGAUAGCUUGACGGGUCCAACGCCUCCAAAUCCACAAGGAUCGAGCACAGUUGGCUUGACGGGUCCAACGCCUUCAAAACCACAAGGAUCAAGCACAGAUAGCUUGUCGGGUCCAACGCCUCCAAAUCCACAAGGAUCGAGCACGAGUUCUGCUGGCCCCGGCAGUAGUCCUGUAGGCAGUGUAGCCACAUACGUCACACAGCCGCCUACCGUGUCCACCACCGAGAAACACACAAUCUGCGAGGUGUGUGACGAGUCUGAUCCCGAAUGUUUCACUUCCGGUACGCCGACGCUUUGUAACCUUGAGGAGUCGUACUGCAUGACCACCGUCCAUGACAACUACCCCUCCAACAUGACAGUCAGCAGAGGCUGCGUGAACGAGUCUGUGUGCUACCAAAAGUGGUACAUGGAGACGUCAUGGCGUCACUACUGCUACGACAUCGACCAGGGCGAACUAUACUUCCCCGUCGACUGCAACUUCUGCUGUGUUGGGGAUCUCUGCAACUCUGGCACUCUGGUUCCUGACCCCGACACUCUGUACCGGCCACCGUCAAUGGCCACGGAAGGCAGCACCGUCGACGUCGCAACACCAUCGUCAUCCUACAACACUACGACGGCACCAUCCUCGACGGACACAAGUAUGACGACACCAUCCACAACGUCAGUUUCAACAACGGAGAAACACAGGCCACCCUCACUGACCACGGAAGGCAGCACCGUCGACGUCGCAACACCAUCGUCAUCCUACAAUACUGCAACGGAACCAUCCUCGACGGACACAAGUAUGACGACACCAUCCACAACGUCAGUUUCAACAACGGAGAAACACACAAUCUGCGAGGUGUGUGACGAGUCUGAUCCCGAAUGUUUCACUUCCGGUACGCCGACGCUUUGUGACCUUGAGGAGUCGUACUGCAUGACCACCGUCCAUGACAACUACCCCUCCAACAUGACAGUCAGCAGAGGCUGCGUGAACGAGUCUGUGUGCUACCAAAAGUGGUACAUGGAGACGUCAUGGCGUCACUACUGCUACGACAUCGACCAGGGCGAACUAUACUUCCCCGUCGACUGCAACUUCUGCUGUGUUGGGGAUCUCUGCAACUCGGGCACUCUGGUUCCUGACCCCGACACUCUGUACCGUCCUCCGGAACCCACAAACACCACCGACCUAUCUCCUACUUCAGAGACCCAAAACACACCAACACCAACAGUGCCGACAACUCCACACCUGGCCGUGUGUGACGUGUGCAGUCGGGAUGACCUUGGGUGUGUUCAUGGAGGUCGCCCUACACUCUGUGACCCUGACAGACCGUACUGUCAAACCACUGUGUAUGAAGACAAUCGCUUUAACCAGUAUGCAGAAAGAAGUUGUGCUGAUCUCAAUAUGUGUGAGACGGACUGGAUCAAUCACACAUCCGGGCGGCCAUAUUGUUUGGAAGUGGACAAGGGGCCGCUGUUUUAUCCCAAUUAUUGCAGCUUUUGUUGCGUGGGGGAUCAAUGUAAUAAUGGCAGUUUGGUGCCAAGUAUAGAAACUUUAUAUUAUCCGAUGGUAAUUCCAUCAACGUCAAUACCAUUGAGCACCACACACCCGGAUAUCACUGAAGCUACUUCGGGUGUGAUAAAAACUACAUCGGACGUGACACAAACUACCUCGGAAGUGAUAAAAACUUCAUCGGAUGUGACACAGGCUACUUCUGAUGUGACACAAACUUCAACAGAAUCAACUACCAUACAUCGCCCAAUAUGCGAUACCUGUUCUCCUGAUGACCCGCAGUGCAUGACGGGAGGUCAACCUACGAUGUGUGACCUUGAUACCCAAUUCUGUAUGACCUCAGUAAUUGAAGAUAUGAGCUCGAAGCAGACAGCCAGACGAAUGUGUGUGAAUGAAACAGCUUGUCAAGUAGACUGGUUGCGGGAGACCUCCUCCAAGUACUAUUGCUUCCAGGUCGACCAGGGGCCUCUAUACUUCGCCAACACCUGUAGUUUCUGCUGUAGGGGCGAUUUGUGUAACAGUGGAACGCUUGUUCCGGACCCUCAAACACUUUACGUGCUGCCGCCGGCCACAGAGUCGACAACAACGGACUUCUUCCCCACGACGUCAUAAUGCAACCAUGCAACUGCUGACAAAGUUCUAAUAGUGAAACAGGAAAAAUAUUAUAUCAACCGCUUUAAGAAUUCAAGACUUAAAGAAGCAGGUAUGCAGUGAGGUGUAGCAAGGGUAGCCCCAACUGUCAUCUUGUUCUUUAUAUAUAUUUAUGUAAUACUAUAUAUAUGUAAUUAUCUGAGAGUCGCUUGUACAUCUCGAAUAAAAACAUCAUA